AUGUUUCAUGGAACAAUCACCAAAGAGCUGACCAAUCAUGAAGAAUGGAGUCACUACAACGAAAACAUAGUAGAAGACCAGAAGGACUUUGUGUUUGUCAAGUACAAUGGCCUUCACCUGAAGUCCAUGGAGAACCUGCAGUCCUGCAUCUCCCUGAGGGUGUGCAUCCUCUCUAACAACUUCAUCACUGACAUCCAGCCACUGCAGAGCUGCAUAAAGCUCAUCAAACUUGAUCUCCAUGGAAACCAGAUAAAGACUCUUCCAGAUAGGAAGUUUUGGAGCGGACUCAAGAACCUAAAGCUCCUCUAUCUUCAUGACAAUGGGUUUUCCAAGCUGAAGAACAUCUGCGUAUUAGCUGCAUGUGCAAGUCUUAUAGGCCUGACCAUGUUUGACUGCCCAGUGAGCCUGAAGAAGGGCUACCGGCAUGUUCUUGUCAAUAGCAUCUGGCCUCUGAAAGCCCUGGACCACCAUGUGAUAUCCGAUGACGAGAUCAUUCAGAACUGGCACCUUCCAGAGAGAUUCAGAAUGUUUAACCACAGGCUGUUCUUUAACGUCUGCCCUGCCCUGACAAAGGGUACAACCUAUGAAGAUGAAACAAAAAAUAUCAAGCGUAUAAUUUCAAGGAUUAAUGGAAUUCUGGCUCAUAAUUCACCUGUGUUGAUUGUUCAAAGAUGGAUACGUGGUUACAUAGUUAGGAAACGCAUGAGGCCCUAUUUUAUAUAUAAAAGGCCUCAGGAGAAAUUGAUCAGGGUACUUGCAACACAAUGGAUCUGCAUAGGCAGAAGGCAUGAAGACAGCUUCUUGGAGGAUGUCUUCCUUUUCAAGCCGGAGUGUGAUGUGAAAGGGAAGGUCGCACACUGGAAACAAGUGAGAUGGAGUCCUGCUGACUUUAAAUAUUCUACUGAGUACAGAAAACACAUUUCCUGUGUUUCAUAUGAGUUGAAAACAAAAGAUAUUGAUGGAAAACCAAAAACACCAAGACAUCACAUUCACAAAGGUCAGCAGGAGGCAAAAGCUGAGUCUGACGAAGAAGAAAUGGACAUCAGGUUUAGGGUACCUGCAAUGAAGAUUCCUUUAUAUUCCCACAGACCCCUCAAGUGUGGGGAGAUAUUGAAACAGAUGAAGCACAGAUACUUCCCAAGUUAUCUCCAGCCGCUUCCUGCCACACGUUCAAAGCCCCCAAUUGAAAGAGAGACAUAUCGGGAGCUAAAGAAAAGGAGAGAGUUUCUAGCCACACACAGGACUGGCAUGCAGCUCCACAUGUUCAAUGACGUCGAUAAAUAUCAAUCAGGUCGGGAGCAGCAAGAGCAUGAAGCGAGAAAAGUAACAGCUGUGAUCGCAGCACAGGUUGCCCAGGAGAGAGCUAGGCUCGACGUCAGAGAGCACUUAAGGAAGAAAGCGAGUAUGGCGCAAAAACUAAUGGAAAAGGAUAACGAGGCACUCCAGGAAGACUUACGGCAAAUUUGGAAGGAGAAACUCACCUACCUGGCGAAAGUUAGAGAGCGGAAAUCUAUGUUUCUGGCUGAAAAAAAGCUAAACACUGCAGACCACUCUUUAGUUCAGUCCAUCAACAAUGAGAGGACCCAGCUGCUCAAGGGAAUCAUCCACGUGGACAGAAUGAACUACAACUUGGAGCGCUUGAGAGAGAAGCGCCUGACUGUUAGCAAAAAGCGGAAAACGGAAAAACAUAAGCAAAGUUUGCUGAGGCAGAUGAGGGAGCUGAGAGCUGAAGAAACGCGCAGAAGGCACUCUGAAGAGCAAUUUGUUAUUGAUACACUUAUCUUUCAAAAAGCCUGUGAAAGACUUGAGGAGGCUAAAGCAAAAGCUGAAUUUAUUAAGACAAAUUAUACCUCUAAGUCUCUUAUAAAAAAGUAGGAAUUAACCAACGCCAUGCUAUAUUGAUUAUAAUUAUGAGUUGUGGCCAUUAUUUUUAUUUAAAGGUUCUUGAAAUAAUAGUUG